AUGGCAGAGGAAAAUACAAAGGAGACUGUACCAGAAACACAGGAUCUUUUAGAUCUAGAUGAAAGAAGUCAUUUGUGCCUUAUCCUAAAUAAAAAGAAAGAAGCGCUGACAGAGAUUAGUGAUCUAGAAAGGGAGAUAGACCAGUUAGAGAAAGAAGUGAUGGAAAAGAUUAGCGAUCUAGGAAGGGAGACAGACCAGUUAGUGAAAGAAGUGAUGGAAAAGAUUAGCGAUCUAGGAAGGGAGACAGACCAGUUAGUGAAAGAAGUAGCCUACAAAAAGGAGAAAAAUAGAGGAGUGUCCACCCAGAACACACAAAAGGAAACUACCCCUGACCAGAUUGUGGGAAAGCAAUGGCUGAACACGAAAAAUGUUUCGUUACGGUUACACAAAGGUAUUUUCCUGGCAAUCCCUCAUUUGCAUAAAAUGAAAUUUGCAGUUUUGGAAAUAGGAAAAUGUAAUGCAACAGAGAGUAGAUCAUUUACUGAUGCAGAUUGUAAGUUUGACAUGAUAAAGAUGGAGAGGGAAGAAGAAGAGUUGAAACAUGAAGUGAGGUCAUUGAACGUUAACUUCUCUACCUUGUUCCGACCUGGACUCGAAUUUUUAACCUUAUGCCACGAUAAAAAUAUUGAAGAUAUCAAAAAGAUGGACAAAGCCCAAAUGGAGGCAAUGUUUCUCCUAAACAACUAUUUUCAAAGUAUAGGUUUGCAUGAAGAAAGUCUGAUCAAAGUGUUCAAUUACAAAGAGUCUGAAGAAGGAGAAAGUCAGAGUCGUACUAAACAAACAGCCCCAACAGAAACAGAUAUCACUGUUGCAUUUGCCGAACACCUUCUUGGAAGACUUGCUCCAGGGCAAUCAUAUAUCAUUGAUUACAAAGCAAAAAAGAAAGGAAAAUGCAAAUGUGGAUGCAAUGUGGACCCAAAAUUUGGAAGUACAGGCAUUGGCCAUGAGGAGGUAUGGCAUGGCCACAUUGAUAUUAUAUUUUCAUCAUAUAACCUUGAAGAAGAUCAGUGCAUUGCAAACUGUGAGAAGGAUCUAGUUGUUGCAGAUUGUAGUACCAGUACAUUUACCCCUUUGAAAAAAAGGAAAGAAGAUGUUGAUGAGAAAGAGGAGGUCUCUCCUGGAGGUAAAACGAUUACAGAAGUGAAAGGAACAGCUGUUGGAACAAGUGAACAAGCCAUAGCUCAGACCAUUGUAUUUUCCUUACUUCAGAGACAGCGACAUCCUAACUUUCCUAAUUGUAUGAUACCAAAUAUACUUGUUUCACCAGACUACAUUCAAAUUAUCAUGUAUGAUGCAGUGAAUGACAUCCUGCUGUGCAGCAAUUUUAUUGAUUUAUUUAAUGUAAAUGCAGAUGGCUGUCUCUCAAGUGAAGCUGUUGUUAUUCUUUGGCUUGUUUUACACUACAGAAUUUUUUGUUGUGGAUUAGUUUUUGAGGACACUGUGGAAGCUGACAUACAUAAAUCAAAUUUUCAAAUCUUGGCCAAGGAAAAGUGGGAUAUUUAUACAAAUCAGUUAAAAAGCUGUGUUCCAGGAUUCCCUAUUUUAGAGAAAGAAAUCAAAGUUGAUACAUGGAACAGAAAAGUUCUCCAAGGAACAGAGUAUUGUAAGGGCAUGAAGAAAAAAAAAUAAAAGAAAUUUUACUGCUGCCUAAAUACAAACAAAUCAAUCCUAAUACUGUAAACCAUUCUUUAUUCGUGUGUGAGAAAUAUCAGCAAUUUCGUGAAUAACUUUAACUUGCAAAUAUUUAUCCCCACAAACCAUUUAUUUU